CCCGCGGCCAUGGUGCAGGCCUGGUACAUGGACGACUCUCGGGACGACCCGCGGCGGCCGCACCGCCCCGAGCCCGGCCGCCGGGUGGACCUGGAGCGACUGCGCCAGCUCGGGGUGCUCUACUGGAAGCUGGAUGCUGACAUAUAUGAGAAUGAUCCAGAAUUAGAAAAGAUCCGAAGAGAGAGAAACUACUCCUGGAUGGACAUAAUAACCAUAUGCAAAGAUAAACUACCCAAUUAUGAAGAAAAGAUUAAGAUGUUUUAUGAGGAGCACUUGCACUUGGACGAUGAGAUCCGCUACAUUCUGGAUGGCAGUGGGUACUUUGAUGUUAGGGAUAAAGAGGACAAGUGGAUCCGGAUCUUCAUGGAGAAAGGAGACAUGAUAACGCUCCCUGCAGGAAUCUACCACCGCUUCACGGUGGAUGAGAAGAACUACACAAAGGCCAUGCGACUGUUUGUGGGAGACCCAGUGUGGACAGCAUACAACCGACCCGCUGACCAUUUCGAGGCCCGAGGACAGUACCUGAAGUUUCUGGCACAGACAGCAUAGCAGCGCUCCCUGGGAACUAACAGGCACCUUGUAAGGGUCCUGCACACAGUAACCAAGCAGAACAUCAGUCGUUUUCUCUUGGCUUUUGUAGGGUCUGUCUGAGGCUAGGCAGCCUUUCCUUUGCAGAUUAUUUGAUGAGACUUUUUUAAUGAAAGGAUCUUGAAACUGAUUUUCACAUGGAAGCAACUUCGAAAUGUAGACAGAUCACCUUCAUUUUCUCUAACUUGAUUAAGACGAGUGGUUCCUGCCUUCCAUGUGAAAGUUUCCUUUCUCUUGGAAGGUGAGGCGGAAGGAUCGCCUGAGCCCAGCAGGUCGAGGCUGUGGUGGCCGUGAGUGUGCUACUGCACUCGAGUCUGGGCGACAGAAUGAGGCUCCGACUCAGAAAAAAAAGAAAAUUUCCUAUCUCAAAAUGUGGCUCCUUGGGCUCAUUCUGGAGCAGGGGCAGUAGCAGGUAACACAGCUAGCCAGAUAGAAGACACUUCUCCCAAAACGGUCCCUUGGGGUGGGAGGUGCUGUGAGGGAAGAGCUCCUCCUGUUAGGGCCCUGUGAGUUACUUAUGCUACUUCCUUGCUCAAAAUAAAGCGACUGCCUUGAUUUUAUGCUCAUGGCUUGGAGUUACCUUCUAUUCACGUAUAUGUGACUUUUUGCCUGGUGUCUUAAAAUCACCUCUGAUUGUAUAUGGAUAGAAUUAAUUUAUAUAUUAGCUGUAUUUUUUCAGUGUGUGAUUUCUAGUUUCCCAAUUAAGCUUUUGAAUUUUAACAAGAGAAUUUGCACACUAUUUUUCUAUGUAACAGUUCUGCUAUACAUUUGUCUAGUUUGUUAUAAUCACAAGAAAAAUCCCAAAUCAACCUCAUGUUUUAGAUGGGCAGGUUGCUUUCUAAAUUUUUUUUUUAAUCUUCACAUUGAAAUUAAUCUUUCAUCAUUUUUACAUUUUUGUUUCCCACUGCACAGAGAAAACUCAAGCCUUAGAUGUUUAAGUAAACUCUGUCUCAAUUUUAGGAUUAAAAUAUAUGCAGGCAGCAUGAUAGUAACAUAAAUAUCUAGGGCUUUCUUCUGUCAAGUAUUAUUCUAUUUCAAUUAUUAAAAUAUGUGUCAAUCUACUGAUUAUUUUUGUUAUUUUAUGUAUUCACUUCUAAAUGGUCAUUAUAAAUGGAACUUGUUCACUUUUAAGAAUGAAACAUUAAAGAGACGAUUACUUUAAAUUGC